AUGGCGAUUCAAUGGUCAGAGCUAUGUAUCAUACUGUUGGAACUGUCUUACACUAUCUGCCUCAUUGCAAGGAGAGCCUAUAGGAAACUCGAUUUGAAGUAUCAUCCUGAUAAGAAUCAAGGAAACGAGGAAGCUACUCGCAAAUUCGCUGAAAUCAACAACGCUUAUGAAAUGCUAUCGGAUGAGGAGAAGAGGGGGAUAUAUAAUUGGCAUGGUGAAGAAGUUUUAAAGAAGCAUGCUGCACGAGGAGGUGGAGUUGGGGGCAUGAAUAUGCAAGACAUCUUUAGCCAGUUUUUUGGUGGUGGUGGUUCGAGGGAGGAAGAAGAGAAUGUCGUCAAAGGUGAUGACAUCAUUGUGGAACUUGAGGCCACUCUUGAAGAUUUGUACAUGGGAGGCUCUGUCAAGGUAUGGAGAGAAAAGAAUGUAAUAAAACCAGCUCCUGGAAAGAGAAAGUGCAACUGCAAGAAUGAGGUUUAUCAUAGACAAGUUGGUCCUGGAAUGUUUCAACAGAUGACUGAGCAGGAAGUGUCUUUCUACGAAGAUGGUGAACCCAUUCUCGACGGUGACCCUGUUCUGAAUCAAAACUGCACCAUAUGCCCGUUUCUGAAGAGAUGGAAACAAUCUACACAUGACCGUCAACAUUACACUGGGAAUUACAAAGCCAAAGGAAGUGAAGAAGUUCAAAGGAGAAUGGAUGCCACUUCACUACAGCACAAAGAAAGCAACCUUUUUGUCACUUUUGAGGUUUUGUUUCCUUCGUCUCUCACUGGGGAUCAGAAGAAGAAAAUCAAACAAGUCUUGGCUUAG